AUGACUAGAACUUCCGUCUUAGCUGAUGCUUUAAAUUCAAUUAAUAAUGCUGAAAAAACUGGUAAACGUCAAGUUUUAAUUAGACCAUCAUCAAAAGUUAUAAUUAAAUUUUUAACAGUUAUGCAAAAACAUGGUAUGUAAAUAGCUAUUGAAAUUUAUUGGUUUGCUUUUAUUAUGCUGUUAAGUGUUUGUUGGCAUCCUUACACACCGAAUUGAUAACUGGAUGGAUUGAUCGGUGUUUAGUCCCUUUCUGUCUUUUAAGUAUUCGGAAAAUCGAUUUGGAAAUGCUUCUUACACGAUUGAAAUAUGUCAAUUAUAUCUAUCGUUUACUUUUCCUAAACAUUACCAAUAAAAAUUGAAUUUACUGAGAUGAUUACUAACUUUUUUAGGUUACAUAGGUGAAUUUGAAUAUAUUGAUGAUCAUAGAUCAGGUAAAAUAGUUGUUCAAUUAAAUGGUAGAUUAAAUAAAUGUGGUGUUAUUUCACCAAGAUUUAAUGUUAAAAUUAAUGAAAUAGAAAGAUGGACUGAUAAUUUAUUACCUGCUAGACAAUUUGGUUAUGUUAUAUUAACUACUUCUGCAGGUAUAAUGGAUCAUGAUGAAGCAAGAAGAAAACAUGUCUCAGGUAAAAUAUUAGGUUUUGUAUAUUAA